AUGGAAAGCAAGUUAACAUUGUUAUUGGCAUUAGUUCGGAUAACACAUUAAACUGAUGAUCAUUGUCUUAUCUUAGCCUUGGAAGCCGCAGCUUUGGAUUGUAUUGUAGGAGAGUCUUUCGCGGGUAGGGGAGAAUGAGAAAAUUUUAAGUUUUUAGCUGGUUUUUUAUUUGGGCAGUGUAAUUUUAGGGGGGGGGGCGGGAGAUGGAAGCGAUACUAAUAUUUUUAGGCCAAAAUUCUUUAGGUACACUUAUAAAAAACAAAAAAAACCCUAAAAUUUGGGCGGGGUAAUUUUUUUGGGGAAGGGGAAAGUAAAAAUUAAAAAAAUAUUUUUUUUUCAAAAUUUUUUUCGGGCGUGAUAAUUCAGGAAGAGGGGGUGCAUAAUUUAAAGUACAUUAUAAUAUUUUUUAAUUUGUAAACUUUUUUUGUUUUAAAGUGCAAUUUUCGUUUACAAUACAAAUGUUUACCCUAUUAUAAUAUUCGAAUUGCGUCCACAGCCAACAAUUGUUUAUUGUUUUGAGUAAGUAAUCAAAAGAUUUACCCAAAAAAGAGUGAAAUCAUCCCAUUGUUGUAGUGUCAUAUAAAUAUAUUCCUUGACGCAUUAAUCGUAUUAUCUGUGCAGUCGGAAGUGGUUUUAAAGCCAACUUUUAUGCAUAUUUAAUUGUUACAUUAUAGAGCAGUCAUCUUCGGAUUUUGCAGAAGAGAAGGGGGUUUUAUAUUUUUGAGGAGAGGGGGUAGAUUACUGUAAAAAAAGAGGGGGCUAGGAUACAGCUGUGUCUACGUCUACAACUACUUCUAAGGCUAAGACUAAGAUUAAGGCUAAGGCUAAGGCUAAGGCUAAGGCUAAGGCUAAGGCUAAGGCUAAGGCUAAGGCUAAGGCUAAGGCUAAGGCUAAGGCUAAGGCUAAGGCUAAGGCUAAGGCUAAGGCUAAGGCUAAGGCUAAGGCUAAGGCUAAGGCUAAAGCUAAGGCUAAGGCUAAAGCCAAGGUUAAGACUAUAAUUUAUGUUUAA